AUGCCGCGCGUUCUGCCUGCAAUCUCCCUGGCGCUUGUGGGGCUCGCCACCAUCAUCGACGAUGCCGAGCUUCCUGAGGACUUCUGCGAGCAGGAGCCGGAGGAAGACCUUUCGCUGCGGCAGCUGAGAGGCCGGAAGAUGAUGAAGCCUGAUGGCGUAGCUUCGACAGAGGACCAGGCCGGCUCCAAGUGGUCCUUCACGGAUCCAGACCCCGAGAUCCUGAUCUGGGAUACGUGGUUGGAGGACUCAGUAUAUGCUCCUGCUGGGCAACAAGUUGCUGUGGGUUGGCUGAAGACGCCACUGGUGCAUGACCCGGACAUGUCUCCCUAUGAGGCGGUUCCAUACGUUUGCUUGCGUGUGAAAGGCAUCCCAGCCAUGAACCAGCCUGCCAAGCAUGGGCUGCUCCUGGGCCACUGUGGCGGCCCAGGCAGCGACAACAACUGCCUAUUGAACGUUCCCAUGGAUAUCAAUGGCGAAGGGAGCGCCAGCACGCUGAGCGCCGACUUCGACGUCUGGUCCAUCAGCCAGCGAGGGGUGGGCUUGGGAGAAGAGGUGAAUGACACCCCCUCGUGCCCUUUCAAGUAUGCCUCCGGCGGGGACAUCCUGCCAUUUCCGGAAAUCAAAUGCAAUGAGAUUCUCACAAACCCGUACUUCAGCGAGGUGGAGGACAGGACGUUUGUCGAGCUGAUCAUGGGCGGCAACAACGACACAUCGGAGCGAAUCGUCAACCAGAGCAUGGAGUAUAUCGUGAAAAUCUUGCGGACGCCAGACAUGACACAGACUGAAUCUGGCAUCAUGGCCUACAACGAGACCCUGGUCCGAUGGUAUUACCGGCUGAUGAAGUUGGAGUUCAGCUACUGCUACGAAGCUGCACGAUUCAAGCUGCAGUCACCCAGCGGACGCGAAUACAAUGCGCUGCAAUUCGGCGGCACGAUGGACUUGGUCCAGGACAUCGACCAAUUCCGCCGCGCGGUGGGAGCACCAAAGCUGUCCAUCUAUGGCAUGUCCUACGGCACUUCCGUUGCUGGAGUCUAUGGGACUGUCUUCCCGGAGAGCACGCAGCACCUCAUUUUGGACGGCGUGGUGGACCCUUUUCCCGACGUUGAGCAAAGAGGUGACCUCUUUGCGAAGGGCAUCACAGCAACCUUCAAUGGCAUCGUCAAAGCAUGCGACCAGACCAUUGAGCUGAACGUAAGCAAGGACGAGAUCUGUCCUGCUGCGCCGCUGUCCGAAACGAAGGCGCUUCGAAUGAUUCAAGACAGAAGCCAGCCCUUGCGAGCCGCGCUCCUCUACUUACUUGCAAACCAGGCCCUCUUUCAAGAGGGCGGGGACGCGAAAAUCGAAGCUGUGGCUGCCUUGUUCUUGGCAUGUGUUGAGAAGUACUGGUCCGGAGUGGACUCGGACAACUGCCCGUCUUUGCUUGAGAGCCUUGUACAGACGGACGACGCGCCCAUCACGCUCUCCGAGGAUAUCUUUCACUUCGGAAUGCAGGCCAUGGUGAUGGGCACCGACACUGCUGGCAGGUUGAACGAGGAAGCCAUGAUCCAGUGGUGGAAGGAGUCCAUGGCGAAGCAACCCAUCGGCACCCCAUGGGCGUUAACCUGGGUGGUGGGCAUUAGCACGUGGCCUGCCGAUGCACGGCCUGUUCCACCUCUCGGCAAUGACCAGGUGCGUCCUGUGAUCAUUGGCAACCUGCAUGAUCCGAACACUGCGUACACGAGUGCUCAGCUAGCCCGCAGCGCCUUUCCCCGGGGUCAUCUCGUGACCUACCAAGGCUACGGCCACUGCCUCGACAAGUCGAACCUGGCUGGACUCGGUAAGGAACUCUACGACUCCUACAAGAAGGACGUGGCCAGCCACCAUCUCUCGACCUACUCAAACAAAAUGGCGCUUUAUGCUUGUACAUCGCGCAUCUUGAACUACAUCGCAACUGGGGAGCAGCCCCUGGAUGGGCACACCUGCCUUGCCCCUUGGGCCUUCAGACCCUGA